UAUCAUAGGCUGAUUUGUAAGGGGGUCCAGUGCAAUUUACCCUAAACAAUCCCGCGGUGGCUGCCCGGUGGAUGGUGAUAUACUGAUAUUGGCGAGGGAAAUCCUCUGAAAAUCAGAAAAUGACGAUCGACGAUGAUAGUUCAAUAUACGUGGGAGGGCUUCCGUACGACUCUACCGAAGACAGCCUCCGGCAAGUCUUCGAUCCCUACGGUUCCGUUGUUGCCGUCAAGAUAAUCAAUGAUCGUACUGUUGGAGGAAAAUGCUAUGGUUUUGUUACAUUCACAAAUCCUCGAUCCGCAAUGCGUGCCAUUGAUGAAAUGGAUGGAGGGACUAUUGAGGGGCGUACAGUCCGGGUAAAUGAAGUGAGGAGCAGAGGCGGGAGAUCCAAUUUUGGUCGUGAAAGUUUUCGAAGAAAUUCAGAGAGGGACUUUGAUGCUGAUAGGGGUAGAUCUCGAGAAAAGGAUUAUGAUCAUGAUAGAGACCGCUAUCGGGAUAAUCAUAGAGAACGAUCACUUGAGUUUGAUGAAGAGAGAGAAAGAGGAUAUGAUCAUUUACGUGAACGUGAUCGAUCAAGGGACCGAAUAGCUGAUAGAGAUAGAGUUCGGGAUCAAAAUAAAGGUUUGGACAUUGUUGCACGAGAGCGUGAAAGGAUCCAUGACUAUAAUUGGGAAAGAGGCAGGGUUCUGGACAAGGAGACACAGAGGACUAACAAUCACCACAAAUCUUCUGAGAGGGACAAGGAUCAAAUGCCUAAGUUUCUGGAUAGAUCUUAUACAGAUGAGCAUGGUAAAAGAGAGCAUUUGUCACAAUCUAGUGGUGAUCAUAUUGAGGUUACAAAGCAACUAGAGGUAUCAAAUCAACAGUUUCAAGAACUUCAGAAGGAGGUAUCUGAGAUGGAAGAGUUGGCUAAAGAGAAAAAUGUACUUGUUCUGAAAUUGCAGGAGAAAUCCCAGAAAUUGGAGGACUCGUUGACGGCAGCUAAACGACUGACUUCUUAUCGGCAGAUGCAAUUGGCUAAGUUAAACAAAUUUUACCUGCAAGUAAGAGACUGCAAUGAGAGGCUUAAGCACUCUGAGCACGAGCUUCAGGCUCUUGUUAGUUCAACAAUGUCUGAGAUGGAAUAUGGGGAUGUUAUGGGUGCAAGGGAUGGUAUUUUGACAAAUGGCAGUGCACAAGCUUAAGUCAGGCAUAAGAGUUUUUUUCUAGUUAUAAUGCAGCUAUGAAUUCAUUGAUUGUUAUAAAUAUGUGUACUAUGUAAUGCCUUUCAAGUCAUCCCUUUUGUGCUUUAUAAUUUAUUUACUUAACUCUCAGAGUUAUCUGAUGGUCAGUCCUUGUUAGUUCCGAUCUUUUCCUUUAGGGGAUUGAAUGCUGUAAAUUUUAAUGAGAUGAUUUUGUUUGGGAGAGAUGAAUUUAAAAAGGUGGUAAGACGUGUGAUGUGUUUGGAGGUACAUUUGUGAUUAUUGCUCUAUUUUGAGCUAAAAUAGAAAGGAAUUUGGCUUACAGUU